AUGAAAGAACUCCAAACUCCACACAAACUUCGUUUGAAAGUAGAAGCAGAGAGACUCAUGUCGAGCGAUAAAACUGCUUCGAAGAACACGUCGUCCUUUACCGGAGGAGGAAAAGGAAAAGGAGGAGGAGGAAAGCCUUCGAGUGAUACUAAAAGUAUGCCUCCAAUCAUCCACAAAAACAUCAUCGUUCUAGACAACGGCGGCGAUACGAUUAAAAUCGGAUUCGCGGGCCAACGUUCCCCGACGGCGUUGGUCCCGAACUGCGCGUGCCGCCCGCAAGGCACGAAAGCGACGAUUAUAGGUGUCGACUCGAAAGACAUUCCAGAUAUUAACGGUCUCAUCGUUCGACGACCGAUCGAUAGAGGGUAUUUGACCAAUUCGCAGUUGCAGAAAGAUAUUUGGGCGCAUUGCAUACACGAGGUGUUGAAAGUUUCGGAGACGGAGGUGAAAAAAUGUUGGCUCGUCAUGACGGAACCACCGAUGAAUUUUAGCACGUCGAGACAGGAAAUGGAUAGGAUCGUGUUGGAGGAGUUUGGGUUUGAAGGCGUGGUGUUCGUAUCCGGAGCGUUGUGCGCGAUGAAGGCGCAUUUGUGGCAGACGAAAGACGAGGAUUUGGAGAACGGGGAUGACGAUGAUGAGGAAAAGAACGAGAACGCGAUGAUGGAGAUAGACGAUGUCACAGAUAAAGAGUAUAUGGGCUUUAACAAAGCGCCUCCGAGAGUACGCGCUUCGAAGAAGCAAAGAAUCAAAUGGGCUCGAGAAGCUAUGACUGGAUGCGUCCUCGACGUCGGGUUCUCCUUCGCGCACGCGUCGCCGGUUUUCGACGGGCGAGUCGCCGACCAUCACGUAAAACGAUUGAAUUUAGGCGGACGCGCGUUGACGAAUUAUCUCAAAGAGUUAAUCUCGUAUCGACAAUGGAACGUAAUGGAUGAAUUCGCGUUAAUCGAGGACGUCAAAUUGAAAUCGGUGUAUUGUCAAGAAAACGGCGACAUUUACGAAGCGUUGAAAGAGGCGAAAAAGAAGAUUCGCGAAAACAAAAUCGCUAUUAAGUACGUCCUCCCAGACGGCGUGAACACGCUCAGAGGUUUCCUCGCCGAUUCUGUCUUGGCGAACGACGGCGACGACGCCUCGUCUUCCGAAUCCGAAAUCAACGAAGACGACGAUUUACAAACCCGAAGAAGAAAAUUAAAGAAACAAAAAGAGAAAGCGGCGAAAGGUGCGGGAAGUAUGGAACUCGCCCCGGACGCCCAAUCGUUAGUAUUAGUCAACGAACGGUUCAUGGUUCCAGAAAUCCUCUUCCACCCGUCUGAUAUCGGCUUAAAUCAGUGCGGCAUCGCCGAACUCGUCGCUCAAAGCGUCCACCACGACGAAGCGAACGACUCUUUACGCGACCAAACCGUGGAAGCGCUGAUGUGGCUCAACGUCAUCGUCACCGGCGGCUGCGCAAAAAUCCCAGGCUUAGUCGAACGUCUCGCCAGAGAAAUCCGCCAAUUCGCGCCCGCCAUCUACCCGGUCUCCGUCCGCGCGCUCGACGACCCGAUUUCUGACGUCUUCCUCGGUCUCUCUUUACUCUCCUCCACGGACGACGACCACAGGCCGCUCCGGGACCCUAUUCAAACCUUCUGCCUCAAACACGGCACGAAAAGGGACGAAUAUUGCGUUAAAAAGAAUAACAAUAGUAAUACGUAUAGAAACGAACGAAUCGAGCAGUACGACCGGUUCGAGAGUACCCCGUUAGGGAGGGUUAAGGAUAUGCAUUACGCUUCGUCCGAAAAGACGUGA